AUGUUAAAAUAUCUGGCUGGCAUUUUCGCUAAGCCCCGUGAUGAUUAUGUUGAUGGCCGCAUAUUUAGCCCUUUAAAGUCCUCGAUCCGUAAUCAUAUUUCGCACAAAAGGAAAUGUAAAAUGCCCCGAAAAAAUUCUUUAGUCAAGAUCGCGCACAAUCGUUGUGCCUCCAAGCAGUGCCUUCAACCACAUCCAGCCAAAUUUGCGCGUCCUUUGACGUACCAUGUCCGAGCAAUGGUGGGCAUAUCUCCGCAGAGUUCUCAAAUGGCCGUGAGUGUGCCGGAAAGUUAUAUUAUCAAUGUGCAACUUUCUGAGGAAAAUGACAAUGACUCACAAAACGACGAGUUAAAUGGGCCGGGGCAUGGGCUGGUCGUGAAGCAAUUGGAAGCACCGCCUGUAUCACCCGUGCCAACUUUGCACCAUGCGAACGCAUCGCAGUCGUAAAGGAUAUUUAUUAUGGACACC